GUUUGUAGAGAGCGCCAUAAGCUUCUUACAGAGCUUUCCGGUCAGUUAUCCAGCCCUUAUCAGGGUAAAUCUGGUUUCUGUACUUGGCUGAUAACUGUUCCUAAGGAUCUCAGGAUUAUUCUCUAUUUCGAAUCAUAUAACAUUGACGGUACCGGCUCUAACCUGAUAUGCGGAAGCCAAAGAACCCGCAUAGAGCUAAAAGACAGUUUUCACGACCAACCCUGGAAAACCUACUGCCAAAGUAAAAUGCCGCAGGCAGUUGCAACUAACAAAAGUUCACUCUUAGUGAACUUCAGUUUGUCAGAAAGCGAUCAUAAGAGUUGGUUCACAGCGAAAUAUACAACGCUACCAUUUGAAAAGAGUAAGUACAUUUAAAAUAUGAAUGGUUAAAAUUAUGUUACACUGAAUUGCUAGUAUUCGUUCCCCAGGUCCGGUCCGCACUGAAGUGCUGGCAGAAGCUUAUUGGGGCAGGUCAACCCCCAUUAUUUCCUGUGUGUUGUAGCUAUCUUAACUUUAACGCAGUGGAAGAUUGGGGAAACAAAAGCUUGCUGUGAGCUGUGUUUUAGAAUAACAAUAACCCUUCAAUGGUGAAGAUAAUUCCACUUUUUCCCGUUUUAUCCUUCCCCCUUUUGUGUAAAAUUCUCUCUUGUGGUAAUUUGAUUUCUUCCGGCAUCGAUACUUUCUAUGACUGUUAAAUCCUCCCCAUCCUCACCCCAUUCGUUCUUGAAUUAGUGAACUAAGCAGUUUAGAUAAUACCGUAUUUUUUCGAUUAAGCGCCCAACCUCGAAUUAGCGCCCACCUCGAAUAAGCGCCCAUCCUAAAGGCAGAAAAUGUUAAUAAGCGCCCAGCCUCGAAUAAGCGCCCACUCUCAAGGUCCAAAAAUUUAAUAAGCGCCCAGGGCGGUUAAUGGAAUAAAUACGGUAAUACGGUUUUUUGUUGUAGAGGUUGAUCUGGGCGAGGUCUCAGGCGCGGAGAUCUCUAGUCCAAUGUAUCCAGGUAGAUACCCGAGGAAUUCGUACUUCAAGUGGUCGGUGGUUGCUCCCUCGGGAUUUCGCAUCAAGAUACAAUUCACAAAGGUGAAAAUAUCUAGCCAUUACUCUGAUUGCCGGGAAGAUAGUGUGAUGUUGCUAGAUGGGUCGUCCGAGGAGAGCAAAGUUUUAGAUACAAUCUGCGGUGAAAGAAUCGUUCAACCGGUGUACUACACCUCUGGAAACAGCUUGACAGUGGAGUUCAGAUCUGCUGUUGGAGAAUCAAAUUAUGACAGCAAUGGAUUCAAGGCCACUCUUUCCAAAGGUAAUUAAAUUUUUUUUAAUUCUUCGAUUUCUUUUCCUCAUUAGGACGUUAGGGUCCCGGAGAAGUGUAUCAGUCAGGGGCGUAGCCAGGAUUUUUCAAAAGGGGGGUCACAGAGGCUACUCACCAGAUUGUCAUGUCGACUUCCACGCCCAUAUUAACUAAAGACAAGAGCCGUUGACGAAAAUACUUUUAAAAAAAACAAAUUUUAAAAAAGUGGGCUUUUCAACAAUGGCUUUUAUGGCCAAGAUAUUGUCAUGGCGUUUUCGCCACCUAAAUAUUGUAGGUUGUUUGCUCAAAAGAAGGCCUACCAAGGGGGGGUCACAAGCACCCCAGGACCCCCCCCCCCUCCCCCUGAGCUACGCCCAGGUCAGUCCGUCAAUGACCCUGGUAGGUUCGUUACAUUACAAGUUUAGUCUCUCAGGGGGUCGUGACGAUCUCCUGGUUCAGGUUCACGUGAACUCCAGUAGUAAACAUGCCUGUGCCUGUAACAUGCCUCUCAAUAUCUUGUAUUUUGUCAUUUCAAAAUAAAGUGUAUAUUCUAGUGACUUGUCAUACCUAGGGUCCAUAAUGGGCUAAAAACCAAUCACCGUGUUGAGCAAACACUUAUGAUACCAGUGCAGGGGCACAAAAAUAAUAAGGUAACAUGCAGACUUUGAGAAUUACGCUCUAACUGAUGUCUGGUCUUUUCAUUUCUCGGAAAGAGUCUACACAGAUUUUAGAACGAAAGGUCCUUGUAGAGAGGCCAUAGAGGUCUUUAAUUGACGUCGGUAACUCGUAACACUAUUUAAACUGACAAGCCUGAGGUCGAGGGUGCGCUCAUUUUAGCUCUUCUCUCUAUCAGUGCUUCUUUAAGAUACACGAAAUGGAAAGAAGUCGAAGCAGGGAUUUGAGGUCACACUUGGAAAUCGAACUAAGGAACCUCCCGCACAGAACUGCCUCGCUUUUACCGACUGCGCUAAUCCUUACUCCUAAACCUUCGUUUAUCCAUGAGGUAACGCCCCUUGCGGCUUACCUGACCAAACACUUUGCAAAUAUUUAAUUGAACUCCUGGUCAUUAGUUUAUUGACGGUGUAUGAGAAAUCAUACACCGUCAAAUAUCAUAAAUAGGAACAGUCAAAGUAUGGCGUAGCUAGCAUUUUACAGAAAGCAAGCUACGGAACGGAACCUUUAUAUUUUUUUAAUGACAGGCAGUUGUGUUUUAAAAACGCUUUUGUUGUUCUUGUUCUUGUUGCCCGUGGAACUGACUUAGAUCGUUUCCGUUUAUCCCUAGAGGCGAAACUCUACCUAAUCCUCCUUCCCUGUGCUGCUGGAAUCCUCUUGGUCUUUGUUAUAGUUUUUGCCAUUGUGUUCAUGUAUCGACGUCGUAGACUGACUUUACCGAGUGCUAGUCGUCCACGAAUGCAGAUGUCACUACUAAACGAUGAUGAUCACAUCAGCACCACUCAGAUAUCUGCCGAGGCUGAUCCACCAAACGAGGCAAACUUGCCAGUGUAUCGCCCGACCACACAGGCGAUAAAGAGCUAA